GGAAGACGUAAGCAGUGGCACUUAUGGGAAUGUUUCUCGCGCAAACUGGAAAGGUUCUAUCAUGGCUUUAAAACAUUCUUAUAAUUUGACCAUUAAAGAGAUUUUUAAUGAGGACUGGAAUUUAGCAUCAAUAUAUAAUGAAUGCGACUCAGAUAUUUUAUAUCAAGCAGAAAAGUUAACUUUGGAAGUAUUUGAUAAGGAAGAUGAUAUAAAUGUUCUUAUUGAUAAACCAAUUAAACUAUUAAUUAAAACGCAUGAUGAAGGAAAUAAUUUAAUGCCAAUCAACGCUUUAUUGAUCAUUAAAAAUUACAAUGAAGCAAUUAAAUUAUUUUUAAGUGCUUCCGAAGAUUAUCCGAUUACACAAGUAUAUCUUGCAAAUUAUAAAAGUUUAGAUAAAGCUUUUUACUGGUAUCAACGAGCGGCUAAUAAUGGAAAUUUAUGUGGAUUGUUUAAUUUAGGUAGAUGUAAUGAACUAGGAAUAGGUAUAGAAAAAAAUGAAAAAGAAACAUUUAAAAUCUUUAAAGAAUUAGCUGAAAAUGGGUAUGAUAAUGCAAAAUUUUAUCUUGGUUAUUUCUAUAAUCAAGAAGUUAAUAAAGAAAUAGUAUUCAAGUUAUACAAUGAGGAUACUAAUAAAAAAGUUAGCAAUAUGCAAAAUAUUGAAUCAUUAUAUGAAAAUGCCGAUAAAAUGAAUGAUUUAGAUAAUGUUAAUUAUUGGUAUCAUAAAGCAGCGGAACAUGACAAUAAAUGUGCAUUAUACAAAUUAGGAUGCUUAGAAGCUCAAUAUGAAGUUGGAUAUUUUUAUGAUAAUGGAAUUGAAAUUGAUCCAUAG